CCGUCGGUGGUAACUUAACGUCGUAAAGCUGCCGUGAAGACUUUCGUUUUUCAUUUCCCCGCUGAGUUGACGACGCAGCGGCCAGACCACACCGACAUGGCGGGCCUGGAGGUGCUGUACACCUGCGUCGGCGGCCGCGUCACCUGCCCGCAGGACGCCGUGGUGUGCUUCGUUCACUGGGAGAUGAUCAAGAGCGGGUACAGGUGCGUCGGCUCUGGAGACGAGCCCCUCAGCACCGACCGGAGGUCCGAGCUGCUUCCUCCGGACUGGAGCAGCAACAACGAGUUGUACAGUCUGAGGUACGAGUCCAGAGACGGAGACGCUCACCUGCUCAAAGCCAUCGCUGUGGACUCCACCUUGAUCUUCAACCUGAUGAACUCCGGCACUCAGCAGGUGUCCGAGCUGACGGUGAACAUCGUGGAUCACGUGGACUCUGACCAGCUGCACACGUUCCACAGUGUGUUCAAGGAAGCAGACGGCUUGACGGAGAAGGUGAAGACCCAGCUGCUGCCCCCCCAGGACAGACCCCCGGGGCCGAGGAAGAGGAGGGAGGAAGAGGAGGAAGAGGAGGAGCAGAGACGAAGGAGAGAAGACAGCGACCCCCUCCGGAUCCCCAACCGGCAGCCUCGUCAGGGCCCGCCCCCCCACUGGCACAACCCCGUGGUUCCCCCAUUCGCAGCAGGAGGAGCAGAUCUGGACCCCUUUGGGUCUCGUGGCGGCGGCGGGAUGAUCGUGGACCCGUUGAGGUCGGGGUAUCCUCGCUCCGGGUUCGACCCCUCUAGUGGGAUACCAGACAUCCUGCCUCCUGGAGCGGUUCCCCCAGGGGCUCGCUUUGACCCGUUUGGACCACCUGUGGGACGACCCAGACCCAGGCCGGAUCCGGACCACAUGCCCCCCCCCGGCUACGACGACAUGUUCAUGUAGUACUUCCUGCCUUUACGUAACAACUUCCUGUCCUCCAGCCAAUCGGAGCCGAGGGGCAGUUCUCCUCAUAAACUGGUGUACAUACCUGAUGUCGAAGUACCUUCUGAGUGUUAAAGGUUCCUUUAGAGUCAACGUCUCUUCUUUUCUCUUUGCAGUUGUUUUUGUUUGGAUUGUUGAACAAACAAACCGGUUCAAUAAACAUCUCAGACUUUA